AGAGCACUUUCAGAUCGGCUGCCCACGGUUGCGGUAUCCCAGAGCCCAGACGCUAUUUUAGGGGAAUCAAGCGUAGCUGAACACGUGAAGGAUGGUGGUCAUUCACGCUAUGUCGAAAAGUGCUUAUCAUCCACUUCAUUCUGAAGUCACUUGUGACUGACAUUCCAUUCAGCGAGACGUGGGCUGGCGUGGGCAAAGAGCUCCCCAACCCGUCCAGCGAAGAAGAAUUUGAGGCUAAUGUAGACUCAAGGGCCUUGUCUUCUCCUCAUCUGAUGAAUCCCGAGCGAUUGAUCUUCGGGCAACCGGCUACCAGUUUAUCUGAACGCCAUCCAAGUGCAAGCCGUAUUCUCUGGCUCUGGAACACAUACCUCGAGAAUGUGAAUCUGCCGGUCAAGGUGUUACAUGUGCCCACUGUCCAGCAUCUUGUCUUGACCGCCGCAUCCGACCCUGCCAAAGGAAUACCUGCGAACAAAGAAGCGCUUUGCUUUUCGAUAUACCUGAUCGCACUCUGCUCUGUACCACAAUGCAAUUACGCAGAGUGUGAGAGGAUCAUGGGCCAGUCUCUGAACGACACCAUCGAGAUGCAUACCAGUUUGGCUCAGCAGGCGUUGAUCAACGCGCGUUUUGUGCAGACCCCAGACUUCAUCACACUUCAAGCCUUGACCCUUUUUCUAAUCGCUCAACGAGCAAGGUCUUAUCCUCGGACUUUGUUGCAAUUAAUUGGUGUAGCUUUCAGAAGCGGGCAAAUGCUUGGAAUUCAUCGAGAAAAAGCCUUGAGGAGUCCAACUGUGUCCGUAUUCCAGGCCGAAAUGAGUCGCCGCUUGUGGUGGGAAAUCGUGCUCCUGGAUUCCUUUGCUAGCAAACAAUGCGGAGUCACAUCCACGGUCUCUUGCAUGUCACUAUGGGAUACCAAACGACCCUCGAAUGUCAAUGACACAGACCUACACCCUGAGAUGUGCGAGGUGCCUAAGGACUAUCGUGGAAUUACAGAAAUGAGCUUCUGUUCAGCUCGCUCCGAGGUUGCAGAGCUGACUAUUGCUUACUCGUUCCCGAGCAAGUCAUCAAGGGAUAUCAGUGAGGCCGAUGCCAAGAUUGAUGGACUUCAGCAACGCCUCGAGGACAGAUUACUUCAGUACUGCGACCCAAACGUACCCAUCCACUCGAUGUUGCGACUGUUCGGCAAGGGUGCCCUAGCGCGCAUCAAAUUGAGCGUAAGACGACAUCAUAUGUAUGGAUCGGCCGGGCUAUCUCUCGAGGAGCGGAACAAGACAUUUCUACUUUGCUUGCAGCUGGCCGAGGCGCCGAACAACUUCGCAAAAGACAAGACGGUACAAAGAUUCCUCUGGCAGGCCAACGCAUUUUUUCCUCUGGACGCUUUCAUGUUCAUGUUGGGUGAGAUGGUUUAUCGAACUCCUCAGCAACCUCUACCAGUGCCGGAAGAGGUGGUCUGGACUGAAAUAGAGAAGGCCUUUGAACUCCAUCCACGCCUGACUCGCGACGAAAGCGCUAUAUACAGCGCAGUCAGGAAUUUGACUAUAAAAGCUUGGGUGAAGUCAAGCAGGAGGCAUGCUGAGCAUGAUGAACCACGCUUCAUCAAAGUGCUCGGUGCAAAGUCGCCGUCGCAUGCACUCGACUCGACACAAAGGCCCGUGGAGACGGACUCAUUGAAUCAACAGAAGAAUCCCACAACAAACACGACUGAUGCAAGCGAUUUCGAUUUCGAUAUUGACAGCUUGGAUCCAAGCUGGAGUAAGAUCGCCAUUCCGAACGACCCUGAAUUCUGGGAGUAUUGGCAACAGUUCGCCGAGCUCCCUACGCCCUAAGCUUUGCGGCACAACUGAAGCUUUGUGAUUUAAUAAG